AUCUCAAUCCAGCCAACAUUUGUCUUUCAGUUCAGAUGAUUACCAGCUGCUCAGUACUGGCUUUCCUUUAAGCCCAAAUGGCAUAGUGCAGCCAUCAAUAGGACCACCUCGGGUGAAGAAGGCCAUGGAUGAAGACACUAAAGUAUCCUAUAGUUCUGACUACCACCUGCCCGCUUCCUCGACGUUGUCCUCCUCACUCUGCCCUUCCCCAACACCUUCGAUGAUGAGUUUAGGCAAGACUUCUCCACUGAAUGCACUUCCACCAAAGUCACCGCUGAACUACUUGCAGCCUUUGCAUGUGAACACAGGACCAUCAUCACCGUCAGUUAUCUCUCCAGCUAUUCCCGACAUGAACUCCACCACCAGCUCAUGGGCUGACAGUAAUGUUCCAAGCCCUUUCGUCUUCAGUGCAGCCUCCACGUCUAGCAACAGCAACAACCAGAAGACUGUGUUUCUGGAUCGUAAUCAACCUAUCAGUAGUUUUGCUGGAACUUUCCCGAACCCUGAAGCCCCUUUAUCGGAAGUUGGUCUAGCCAGUCUUCAGCUUCAGUCAUUUGGAAGUAAAAUGUUGAACAGUUCUUUAACUGGAGAUAAUAAUAACAAUAACAAUGAAAAUAUUGAUGUCAAUAGAAACUUCAGUGAUCAGAGAGACUCUUCAGGAUAUACUUUAAGGACCUCGUCUGUUUCUAGUCACAAAGGUUACGCUCACAUGCCACCAUUAUCCCAGAGUUCAGUAGAGCAUAACAACCAGACCUCUGCCAUUCUUCAAGAGAGGCUUGGAACACCUCAGCUGCAACAACACCAGCAACAACAACAACAACAAAAGAUCCACCCAUUCUUCAUACAACAUCAGAAACAGCAUUUCUGCAACAAUAUGCACCAGCCAUUGCGGCUUCCGCAGCAUCACUUGAAACAAGGCAUACUUAGGAAGUCAUUUUUGCCAGAGCAGUUCUUGCAUCUGGGUAACGGACUUCAGCUGCCUGGUGUUGUCAGUCACGGCGCAGUUGCGGCACCGAUGUUUCCUAACCACCCUUGUCUUAACAGGUUUCCUGGUACGGGGCUGAAUGGGGCCAUGGGGGUGAUGAACUUUGCCCAGCAGCGACCACACUUUGCAGUCCGACUUGGCUCUGGUAACAACUUAAGUCACAUGGCCCAUGUGCCAAAUGAGGCUGAGAUAAACGAGUCGGUAAAAACAGCAUCAGACAAGCAACGGAUGAUUGAGGAAAUGUUGCUGCGAGAUCCCCGGACUCAGGCUGUCUACCAGCAGAUUCUGCAACAGGCCAUGCUUCAGACCUCUACAGGUUACCAGGCAGCGUUGCUGAAUGCCACACACAACAAUGCAGCUUUAAUGAAUGCAUUUCAUCCUACCACAGCAGCUAUGCUGAUGAAUGCUGCUGUCCACAACACAGGUGUCCGCAGAGAUGGGCUGGAUUUUGUCCCCGUGGAUCACCUGGCUCACAUAACCCCACCGUAUGUCCAGGAUGUUCUCUAUGAUCCAAGUCAUUUACCGUAUUUUGGAGUUCAUCCUUACGUGCCAAAUUUCAGGCAUCUGAGAAGUGGACCAUCUAAUGAACUCCAUGCAAAACUGGAAGAAUGUUACGAACAAUUCAAGGCAGUUGAAAAGGAACGAAAGAAGACGGAGGCAGAACUUGCAAGACAGAAUCCAGGAAAGAAAGUUUCUAGUACUAACACCCUGCCAGUGCCAAGGUUACCAAAUAGCCCAUCUCGUGUUGACAGACUGAUUGUGGAUUCCUUCCGGGAACAUGCCAGGAUCAUAACCCUGAUAGAGAAGAUGGAAAAGUUGCGGUCACUCAAAAUUCACCCGAAUGUCCACUCCACGAUGGAAGCCUGGUCUGAGAGUAUCAAAAAAGUGCAGGCAAGUAGAAAGGAUGAAGUGGUGAACUCAGCAAACAGGCAGCGGGCUGGAGUGCCUAGACAACCUGAUGACAAAGAUGUAGCAGCUCUAGCUGUGAGCAUAUCUGACCUCUCCAUCCACACUCGCUUGGCCAGGACAGCUCAAUGGGCUGCACUGCAAAUGGCUGACAAAGGAAAUCCAAAACUGGCUGAGAUUUUAAAGACUGGUUUGGAGGAGUCUGUCGACCUCUCUCUCUACAUAAACCCCACACCUCUUGAGGCAGUUGAGUCUCCGAGUUCACAGGCGACCAAGGAGGCAACUUUAUCGGAUGUUACUUCAGCCGAAGCAGAUAAACCUAGAGGUAGCGAAUUAAAGGAAGAGACAGAUGUAUCCAAUACAACCUCGAAGGAUCCUCCAGCAGUGGAAUAUGUCUGUAAGCAGAGUGUAGCUAAAGAAUAG